AUGGCUGGUCUAUCCUUCGACAACUACCAGAGAAACGCAGCCCUUGCCGCCAAGUCCCACUCCCAGCAACCAAAGGCCACCUCCACAGGGACCACCAUCGUCGGGGUCAAGUACGCCAACGGGGUCAUCAUCGCAGCAGAUACAAGGUCCACCCAAGGUCCCAUCGUCGCCAACAAGAACUGUGCCAAACUGCACAGGAUAAGUCCCCGUAUAUGGUGUGCUGGGGCAGGGACCGCCGCAGACACAGAAGCUGUCACUCAAUUGAUCGGAUCCAAUAUCGAACUACAUUCCUUAUACACAUCAAGGGAACCACGAGUCGUAUCCGCUCUACAGAUGUUGAAACAACAUUUGUUCAAGUAUCAAGGUCACAUUGGUGCGUACCUGAUCGUCGCCGGAACAGACCCAACGGGGGCUCAUCUGUUCUCCAUUCAUGCACAUGGGUCCACGGACGUUGGAUACUAUUUGUCCCUAGGGUCAGGGUCUCUUGCUGCCAUGGCUGUGUUGGAAUCCCAUUGGGAACCAGAAAUGAGUAAAGAAGCUGCUGUGGAAUUGGCUUCACAAGCCAUUCAAGCGGGUAUUUUCAACGAUUUAGGGUCUGGGUCCAAUGUGGAUGUCUGUGUCAUGGAAGUCGGUAAAGAUGCUGAGUACUUGAGGAAUUACUUGACUCCUAACGUAAGAGAGGCAAAGCAAAAUAGUUAUAAAUUCGCUAGAGGCACCACUGCUGUGCUAAGGGAAUCCAUUAUAAACGUCUGCGAGAUAGACGAAGAGGAAGUGUGUGUCCAUGCCGCUGCAUAG